UUUGCUGCUUGCAAGGCAGGCUUUCACUUUUCUCAGUCAAUAACUUUACCUUUAUCCUUCUGUAUCCUGGAUUACAGCAGACGCAACCAUCCAAAGCGAAAGCAAAUGGAAAACAACACCAUACCAAUACAACAACAAAACCAAUCGUCUCCAACAUGCGAAAACCUUCCGUCACUCCUCUCGUCAUUCGUCGACACCUUCGUAGACUUCUCAGUUAGCGGUCUCUUCUUACCCCAACAGCAACAAACUCCUCAGAAAGCCCUUCAAACUCAUUUCCCUUCCCCCGAUCGUCUAGUUGCCAUCGGCGACCUCCAUGGCGAUCUCGAGAAAUCCAAGCAAGCCUUCCGUCUCGCCGGCCUCAUUGAUGGGUCCGAUCGUUGGUCGGGUGGGUCCGCCACCGUUGUUCAGAUUGGCGACGUGCUUGACCGUGGUGGGGAGGAGCUCAAGAUCCUUUAUUUCUUGGAGAAGUUGAAGCGUGAAGCUGUUAAAAGCGGAGGGCAGUUGAUAACUUUGAAUGGUAAUCAUGAGAUAAUGAAUGUGGAAGGUGAUUUCAGGUAUGUAACUGAAAAGGGUUUAGAGGAAUUCAAUGUUUGGGCUUAUUGGUAUGGUGUAGGGAACAAAAUGAAGAGUUUGUGUCAUGGGUUGGAGCAGCCUAACGACCCUUUUCAUGGGAUCCCUUUCUCUUUUCGUGGCGUGCCUGAAAAGUUCUAUCAUAGUAUCAGAGCAAGAAUUGCUGCAUUGAGACCUGAUGGUCCAAUUGCUCGUAGAUUCUUAGCUGAUAAUUUGACUGUUUUAGUUGUUGGGGAGUCUGUUUUCGUGCACGGAGGGCUUUUGGAGAAACAUGUGGAUUACGGGUUGGAGAGGAUAAAUGAGGAGGUGAGGGAUUGGAUUAAUGGGUUGAUGGGGAGCCGUGCACCGAGAUACUGUAAAGGGAGGAAUGCUGUGGUUUGGUUGAGGAAGUUUUCUGAUGAGUUGGCAAAGAAUUGUGAUUGUUCACUUCUAGAACAUGUCCUGGCUACAAUUCCUGGUGCAAAGAGGAUGAUUAUGGGUCAUACGAUUCAAGAGAUUGGGAUUAAUGGUGCUUGUGAUAAUAGAGCAAUAAGGAUUGAUGUGGGAAUGUCGAAAGGAUGCAUCAAUGGGUUGCCUGAAGUUUUGGAGAUUAAUAGGAAUUCAGAGUUGAGGGUGUUGACUUCGAAUCCAAUGUAUCAGAACAAGAAUAAAUCUUAUGCAAAUGCUGAAAGGAAAGAAGGGCUUGGAUUGUUAAUACCAGAAAAUGGGCCAAAACAAGUGGAAGUGAAAGCUUAGAAGUUUUGACUAUCUAAACUGCUGAAAGCUGUUGCCUCAACUAUACUGCACAUAUAUUCAUUUGCUGGUAACUAGGUAGCAUGAAGAACUCAUCAUUGGGAUGUGCAUUUUUUUAUGUGCACUUGAAUUGCAGUCUUUUGUUAUACACUCAUUGAUUUAGGAAUUUGAUCUAUAUGAAGAUUCCUUUAGCAAUUUUUGGCUGUUGACCCCUUUGCUUGGCUUGAUGUUGUUGCUAGUGUUUAAAUAUAGCCUCAGAAAAGUUUCUCUACUAGCUGUUUGCGUUGAUGUGAACUGUACCUUGUACUGGAAUCCACGUAAUAAAAACUUAUCCAAGAAAUUAAGUUGAUUCUUGUUCUGUUAUUCU